AUGCCCAUUGGUCCUGGUCAGCAGCCUGGACCUCAGCAGCCUGGACCUCAGCAGCCUGGACCUCAGCAGCCUGGACCUCAGCAGCCUGGACCUCAGCAGCCUGGACCUCAGAAGCCUGGACCUCAGCGCCCGGGACCUCCCGGUGCCCCACCCGCAGCUAAGCCUACUUCAGAGCUCCCGGUCGGGGAUAAGUCCACGAGCGGUAACGCAACCCCGGCCACUCAGAACGCUCCCACUCCUCCAAUCGAGUCCAAGCCUACUGUAUCUGAAGCUCUGCAAGCUCCUGUCAGUUCUGCUCCUCUGGCUGCUGUCCCUCAGAAGAAUGGCCGAGUCAUGCCAGCUAUUCCCAUCGCGGCCCCAAAGCCUACUCCUACGACCGCCCACAUUCCUACCGCCCCUCGGGGAAAUAACCAGUCUAUCACUGAUGCCACCGCGGCCGCCACUGCUGCCGUUGCUGCCGCUAUGGCCAAGUUGCCGCAACCUGGUGCUCAGAAGCAAGCUGGGCAGCCCGAAGGUGGCGUGGACGCGCUUACGCAGCAGAUGAACCACAUGCGCCCUUACGACAACACCCGUCCUCCCCGAGGCGGCCACCACCACCCUCGUGGUGGACGCGGCGGUGCUCGUCCUCAACAUCAGACCAAGAAAAUCGAAGUUCCCCAAUCGGAUUAUGAUUUCCAAACCGCAAACGCGAAGUUCAACAAGCAGGAUUUGGUGAAGGAGGCCAUUGCCACUGGGGUGCCUGUUGCUGAAGCCGAGGCCCAUGCAGCCGAGGAGGCAGAAUCCAUGGAGGCCAUGUCAAACGGCGCUGGCGUACCGAACCAUGGCUACAACCGCGGUUCUUCCUUCUUCGACAAUAUCUCAAGUGAGGCUCGCGAUCGUGAGGAGAACACCACACGUGUUGGAGGUCGUGAAUGGCGCGGCGAGGAGGAGAAACGCAAUAUGGAGACCUUCGGACAGGGUAGCGUUGAUGGCUACCGCCCCAACUACCGCGGUCGUGGCCGCGGCCGCGGCUACGGUCGUGGUCGAGGUGGUUACAGUCGUGGCUAUGGCCGCGGCCGCGGGGGCCGGGUCCCCUCGGAGUCCACUGGUGUGCCAUCCCAGGGUUGA